CAGAACAUGCUUAAUUCUACAGAUUUUACCUUUGAAUAUGACCAGCUUUUUCCUCAAUGGGACUUCAGUACUGAUUAUAAGGAACUCCUUCAGUUUAGCGAAGAAUAUGGCACUAUAGGCCACGAAUUUGGUGUCAAAUUGAGCAAGAAGAUGUUUGAUCCAGAAAAUUCAGAUAAAUCUCAGUGAUCUCAUGAGGAUGCUGCUUCUAAUAAAAAAAUUUACUCUUUGAGGAAGGAUAUGGAAAGAAAAACACUACCAGUUUUAUCUGAGCCCUCUUUGAAGGUGAGACAAACUGGAAAUAGUUCGAUCUUCAAUUCUAAGAGGAUGAAGUACUCAGCAAGGAAAGAUAUAGUUCUUAAGGCAGUCUUAAGAGCAAUCCGGAGAUUUUACUUGAAUUUUUUCAAGGCUAGAUACCCUUCUCUGUUCCUAUGGAGAAUAGUAAAUGUACCUCAGGCCCAACUAACAAAAUCGGUGAAAGAGAUGUGAAUCGAACUGUUUUCCGCAGAGAUUGUAGAAAAAUAUAAACUCAAUAUUUUUGUGCAAGCCUUGCUAGAUCUAAAACCCGUAGUAAAUGAGGAUGAGUCCAAUGAUGUAUCCAACAAGGCUAGUCUGGCUAUGAAGUGUUGCAAAAGUUUUAGCACUAGCACAUUUAAUAAAAUCUCUAAAGACCCAUGAUUCAAGAAAAUCUGCCAAAAAAUCCGGUUGGACUUUGAAGAAGAAUUCUUGGGAACCCUCAAAAAUCAAGAAGUAAACUUUGAGAGAUAUAGAAAAGUACUCUAUAGUCUUUCAGAAUAAGAUAAUUUCCAUAAAAAUUAUUAAAAUUUAACCUUAGCCUUAUCAGCCUCAGAAGAGGGGAUGCCAAAGUUAAUGCGGGUGAACGGCAGUUAGAAGUGGUGCUUUUAGAUAGACAGUGUUUGGGAAUGCAGUAUAUAAGCUUAUGGAUUAGUAAAGUUUACUGUAUUGGUAGUAUUUAUUUACAAAUAAUUUGAGUAUUCAAAUUUUCUGAUUUUUAAAUGGAUGAGAGUGUUGAUAAAACUUGAGUUAUAUAAGUAUCCUUAUAUCUUAAAAUUAUCAGGAAUAACAAAACACCUCUUUGAUCAGACAUUCCUAUUUUCACACCAGGUGUCCCGACACCACCUCCUAAUCCAAAUUCUCCCAAAAUUUGCUCAAAACACAUCAAAAAUGUCCUAGGCC